UACAGAUAACUAUAGUGUGUUUCAAUAAAUAAAACGCAUGACCGUCUAGUUUUAAACUAUUAAAAAAGUCCUGUGCCUUGCUUAUAAUGAAACCAGAGUAGAUUGUGAGCUCAGUGUGAGGCAGGUGCUGCUGUCCUGAACUUGAAGUGUGUUUAUAAUUGAACUUGAACUUGCUGUCAUUCUCCGCCGCAGCAGCAGGAGGCGACAGAGCCCGAGUCAAGCUCUCUCUUCCUCUCUCGGUCUCUCUCUCGCUCCCGUGUUUGUUUACAUUGAGCCAGUCCACACGCGAAAGUGUCCGCGCUCAUCCGAGUGUGUUUAACCCGCUUCUGCUCAGCGUUCACAACUCACAGCGUCUGAGAAACCACCAGCGCCUGAGCUCCAGAGGAUCAUGAGCAGCGAGCAGAAAAUUAAUUGAACAGAUUAAUAACUCAUCCCCAGCGGUGUCUCUUCCAGCAGCAGCUGUCAUCAGUGUGAAGAUCUGCACAGAGCCAUGCCUCACACCCGCCACAGCAGAAGAAGAGACGCGGAGAAAUACAAACACACACACCUGACCCCAGAUCAGCAUCCAGAAGCAGACACACACCCACAUCUGACCCCAGAUCAGCAUCUAGAAGCAGACACACACUCACAUCUGACCCCAGAUCAGCAUCUAGAAGCAGACACACACUCACACCUGACCCCAGAUCAGCAUCCAGAAGCAGACACACACACACAUCUGACCCCAGAUCAGCCACCAGACACACACACACAUCUGACCCCAGAUCAGCAUCCAGAAGCAGACACACACUCACAUCUGACCCCAGAUCAGCCUCCGGAUGACUGCGCUGGAGAAGAGAUGAGGCAGAAACACUCUGGCUGUGCUUCACCUGCUGGAAACUCUGAGAGUCGCCUGAAGAGAACUGUAGAGAAGCGCAAGACCAGUCCAUACUUCAGCAGGAGGAGUGAGGCUGUGCGCCGGCCGAGGCGUAAGGUCUUCAGGAAGUGGACUCCUCCUCGCUCCCCCUUUCGGCUGGUGCAGGAGACGCUCUUCCAUGACCCCUGGAGACUCCUGGUGGCCACUAUAUUCCUCAACAAGACCAAUGCGCGUGUGGCUCUGCCGGUGCUGUGGGAGUUUCUGGAGUGUUACCCCAGUGCUGCAGUGACCCGUGUGAGUGACUGGCGCCCCCUGUCUGUGCUGUUGCAGCCGCUCGGGCUCAGCCAACUGAGAGCCAAAACACUCAUACGCUUCUCUGAUGAGUACAUCAGUAAAUCAUGGCAGUACCCUAUCGAGCUGCACGGCAUCGGCAAAUACGGCAACGACUCGUACCGCAUCUUCUGUGUGGACGAGUGGAGAGAGGUCACUCCAGACGAUCAUAAACUCAACGAUUAUCACGCCUGGCUCUGGAAAAACCACAAACAAUUAGGAAUCUGAUUUCAUCUCUUUUAAUAAACUAUAAUGUCCGCAGCGCCACAGGUCGAUCACAGAUCCUGCAGCUGUUUCUUGGCUUGUUUGUUUCAUGUUCAUCAUGUUUGUUCAGGAUUUGCAGAUAAUGUUCAUGUUGAAGAUUUAAAUAAAUGAGAUUUUUUAUCUUU